AUGCAUUAUGGAGGUAAUUUUGUCAUUUUCUAUGUAAAUUACUCAAUUCAAGGAGUUUGCUUCAAAUUAUAAUUUGGACCUCUUUGUCUGCUUAAUCCGGCACUGGAUUCGAAUAUAUUAAUAUUAGAUAUAUCUGCCUUAUAAAUUAUAAUACUAUGUGAUUUAUUACUGUGAUUUAGGACUGCUAAUUGAAAAACAGAUCGAUAAAAAUAAAGUUAUAUAUGUGGCCUUCAUAGACCUGGAGAAGGCCUUCGAUAAAGUAAAUUGGAACAAAAUGCUACUCGUUUUACGAGAAGUAGGUGUCGAGCAACAAGACCUAAGAAUUAUCCACAGUCUGUAUAAGAACCAGACAGCUUGCAUUAAGAAAGGAGAAAUCACAACAAACGCUCAAAUAAAAAAAGGAGUUCGACAAGGAUGUACGUUAUCACCACCACUGUUUAACUGCUAAAUCGAAAAAUUUAUAAAUGCAGUAAAAGCAAAACUAACAAGACUAAAUAUUGGAAUCAAAAUUGGUGGAGAAAUCGUUUCAAUGACAUUGUGGUAAUAGCAGAAAGUGAAGGGGACAUACAGCGUGCAGUUGAAGAAAUGGAUGAAAUGCUCAGAACAUCAGAAAUGAAAAUAAAUAGUACAAAAACCAAGAUCUUAGUCUGCGCCAGAGACCCGAAAGUAAAAUCUGAUGUAUACAUAUGUAGUCAAAAACUAGAACAAAUAGAGGAAAUAUUAUACCUAGGGAGCAAAAUCACAUCUGAUGGCAAGAGUGUCCACGAGAUAAAACAACGCAUAGCAUUAGCAAAAACUGCCUUUAGUAAAAAACAUAAGAUGCUAACUUCAAAGAAGAUACGUCUCAAUAUCAAGAAGAGACUUAUAAAAACAUAUGUAUGGGCGGUCAUUUACGUUUCUUUUGUUGAAACUCGCGGACGGCGUUUUCUCGUCGGAAAAUAA